AUGAAGAUCUACUGCUCACUGUAUUUCUUACUGUUUGUGGUGAUUCAUGUCGCAGACUUCAACGGCAUAGCCCCAACGGAAAACAACACUUCAACAACAGACUCGCCAGUCCAGAAAACUACACCUCGCGUGACUUCCACAGAAGUGACACAACAGCCAUUGGUGACUGCUGAGAAGAUGAAAAUUAGUCAAAGUUCCGGAAAAACUAAGGAUUUUAUUCGGAAAUUAAAAGAAGAGAAGGCAAAAACCGCAAUGAGAUUCGGUUAA